GCUCAUUUUUGUGUAACACACUGUUUCGGCAACACAUUUCGAUAGCUCGAAACAAAAUCUCAGAAUAUACUUAAAGUAGAUAAAAAAAAGCCGCGUAAAAAGAACAUUUACAAUGUCGUACACUAGCCGGUGCAUUCAACGCUUAGCUCAGUCGACGCACAAGCUAAUGCGCAGCAAGUCCGACUAUUCGAAGACCAUUUGCAAUCUGAAGAUCAACAAGAACACAAAAGUGAUGGUGCAGGGAUUCACUGGCAAACAUGGUACUUUCCACUCCGAAGAAUCCCUCAAGUAUGGCACACAAAUCGUCGGUGGUGUGUCGCCCAAUAAAGGUGGCACCAAGCAUCUGGACAAACCGGUCUUCAAGGAUGUAAAGGAAGCGGUCAAAGAACUGAAACCCGAUGCUACAGCAAUUUUCAUACCUCCCCCCACGGCUGCCGAGGGCAUUUGUGCAGCCAUUGAGAACGAGAUCGGUCUGAUUGUGGUCAUCACCGAAGGCAUUCCCCAGGUGGAUAUGGUGCGUAUCAUGCAGAUGCUCAAUAGCCAGGAGAAGAGUCGCCUCCUGGGUCCCAACUGUCCGGGCAUCAUCUCGCCGGAGCAGUGCAAGAUCGGCAUAAUGCCCGGCGAUAUACACAAGCGUGGCAUGAUCGGCAUUGUGUCGCGAUCUGGCACGCUCACCUACGAGGCAGUGCAUCAGACGACGGCGGCGGGAUUGGGCCAAACUCUGUGCAUUGGCUGCGGCGGUGAUCCAUUCAACGGCACCAGUUUCAUUGAUGCUCUCAAGAUCUUUCUGCACGACAAGGAGACUAAGGGCAUUAUACUAAUUGGUGAGAUUGGCGGCUCCGCCGAGGAGGAUGCUGCUGAAUUCCUCAAGACCGAAAAUGCUGGCUGCGAAGCCAAGCCUGUGGUCGCCUUUAUAGCUGGCCAGACAGCGCCACCAGGACGACGCAUGGGACAUGCGGGUGCCAUCAUCUCGGGGGGCAAGGGUGCGGCCAAGGAUAAGGUGAAGGCUCUGGAGGCUGCUGGCGUCGUUGUGGCCAACAAUCCAUGUCACAUGGGCAAGAUACUGCACCAGGAGAUGGUUAAGCGCAAGCUGGUCAAGUAGAGAAGAGGUACGCACAAUGGCAUAUAUAAUAAACAAAUACGAUAGAUAGGAAAGCUUGCUCUUGGAAGUUUAUAAUGUUCUUUUUUGGCACUUAUAAAAUUUAUUGCUUUUGCCAAUUUUUGCUACCCACAAGCAUUUCAAUAGUUUAAUCAGAAAUUGUCAUUUAAAUGGUAUUAAAAUUGCGAUCAAUAAGAAA